UUACUACUUGGUUACACGUAGAUGGUAUCUCGAGAUAUCGCAAGAGUCAUCACGUUUGCGCAUGCGCGGCGCCGAUUCUUGAAGGUUAUAAAUACAGCUCACUUCUAGUAGAUGAGUAAAGUUGUCAGAGUUGAGUUAGUCGCACGAUGGCGCGACAUGUUGGUCGCUCAUACACACCGCCGGCAGUUUUUCUAUUAUUCGUUAUUGCAGUUAUUCGAUUAACAAGAGGCAAUACAUUGACAGACAUAGUGAGUCCGUUGAAUAAUCCUAACGUGACCGCUGUAAGCGUGUUAAAUCUACGGGAUUCGUUCUUCCAUGAAACACCUUCGUUUCGUUCCGAGUACUUGAUAGAGCUAUAUGGGACCGGCCUCGAAAGUAACUUAUCAUUACAUUGGUCGAAUGAUGGUAGUGAUUGUGAACGGAAUAAUGUACUCAAGAACAUUUGGAUCUCGAUGUCAGGCGAUCGUGCAAUAUACACGUUUCUCGAACUUCCGGACUUUAAAGUAAACACGGUCUAUUUUUGCUUGAAAAACGGCGAACGAUGGACCAAUCUUGGAAGUAAUUUUACGGUGAACUUACCUUCGCGAUUGCAAAAAUAUUUUCGCACACGUCGUGCCAAUUCACAUGUACCUGACAUCGGUGAUAAUGAAAAUGUACCAUCGACACAAGUCCGUACAAACAUUUACAUUGAAGGCCUGAGAGUAGAGUUAGCUGAUAAGGAUCCUAGCUACACCGAAGAAGGUAUUCCAGAGAUUUUGGCUGGUGGCAAAGCAGUAAUACGGUUAUUCGGAUCUGGAAUUACAGAAGGUACUUUAAUCACAUUUACGGAUAUGCCACAAGAGAGGGAUUCUAUUUGUGACAAAAUAAAGAGCAAUGAGUUUCAAGUAAAAAAUGUACAGAAAAAUACAGCAACCAUUGAUGUAGUUUUACCACUUGGAUCUCCAUUUUUUAUUUGUGCAAAAUCACCAAUAUAUGAAGAUGCCCAAAAUGAUUAUGUGCCUUUUAGACAUCAAGGCAGAGCAUCAUGGAAUACAAUUCGUACAUAUGAAAAAAUGUUACCUCUUUGGCUUAGCAUUUUAAUCAUUCUCCUGUGCCUCAGCUUUUCUGCUUUAUUUUCCGGCCUUAACUUGGGUUUGAUGGCAAUGGAUAGAACUGAACUAAAAAUACUUUGUAACACUGGUACAGAAAAAGAGAAACAAUAUGCAAGGACAAUACAGCCAGUGAGAAACCAUGGAAAUUAUUUGCUUUGUUCUAUUUUAUUUUCAAAUGUUCUUGUCAAUUCAUUGUUCACUAUUCUGUUAGAUGAUUUAACAUCUGGACUAGUUGCAGUCAUCUGUUCAACACUUGCUAUUGUUAUUUUCGGUGAAAUUUCACCACAAGCCAUAUGUAGCAGACAUGGCCUAUGUGUUGGUGCUAAAACAAUUUAUAUUACAAAAUUAACUAUGAUAAUAACAUUUCCAUUAAGUUAUCCAAUUAGUAAAAUUUUGGAUGUUUUUCUUGGUGAAGAGAUUGGUAAUGUUUAUAACAGGGAAAGAUUGAAAGAACUUGUUAAGGUUACAACGGGAUAUAAUGAUCUAGAAAAAGAUGAAGUUAACAUUAUAGCUGGAGCGCUAGAAUUACGGAAAAAGACUGUUGCAGAUGUCAUGACAAGAAUUGAAGAUGUGUAUAUGCUAAAUUAUAAUGCAAUUUUAGAUUUUGAAACUGUAUCUGAAAUCAUGAAAUCAGGUUUUUCACGAAUACCUGUAUACGAGGGAGCUAGAACUAAUAUAAUAACGAUGUUGUAUAUUAAAGAUCUUGCAUUUGUUGAUCCUGAUGACAAUAUGCCACUUAAAACACUUUGUCAGUUUUAUCAAAAUCCAUGUAAUUUCGUUUUCGAAGAUGUUACGUUAGAUAUAAUGUUUAAACAAUUUAAAGAAGGUCAUAAAGGUCACAUGGCAUUUGUUCAAACAGUUAAUAAUAAGGGUGAAGGUGAUCCUUUCUAUGAAGUGAUAGGUUUAGUUACAUUGGAAGAUGUUAUAGAAGAAUUAAUUCAAGCAGAAAUUAUAGAUGAAACAGAUGUAUUUACCGAUAAUAGAAGUAAACGUAAAAGGCAGGCUCGGACAAAAAUGCAGGACUUUACCGUGUUCGCGGAAAAGAAAGAAAAUCAGCGUAUUCAUAUAUCUCCUCAAUUAACUUUGGCCAUGUUUCAGUACUUAUCUACAACUGUAGAUGCUUUUAAACCUGAUACAAUAUCCGAAACUAUUCUACGUCGUUUACUUAAACAAGAUAUCAUUUAUCACAUCAAAGUCAAGACCCGUGAAAAAGCCAGAAAUGAUCCCAUUGCGGUAAUUUAUCAGCAAGGAAAAGCGGUAGAUUAUUUUGCAUUGAUAUUAGAAGGUCGAGUAGAAGUUACAGUUGGCAAGGAAAAUUUGAUGUUCGAAAGUGGUCCAUUUACAUACUUUGGAUCUCAAGCACUUACUACGAAUAUAGGAAUAGCUGAAUCUCCCACAAAUGGAAAUCCUCAAAAUCUUGGAAGCAUUCAAUCGAUCAAUUUAGAUUCUAUAUUACGUUACACAUUUAUACCAGACUAUACUGUUCGGGCGGUAACAGAAGUAUUUUAUGUCAAAGUCAAAAGAUCUUUGUAUCUUGCUGCCAAACGUGCCACUCUUUUGGAACGAAGCCAAAAAGAUCCUUUACCUAGUCAGGAUCAAUUUGACGAUGAAGUAGAGAAAUUAUUACAUUCCUUGGAUGAGGAUGAUCGUAGCGUACCAGAAUCGCCAGUUUUACCAAAAGAUAAAGAAAAUGAAACCAGUAAAGAUAAAGAUAUUAAAAGUCAAUCACCAAUCCGAAGUGCAACUGCCCCAACAUCUCCUCUCCCAGUCAGUGCAAGUCCAGUUACAAAUUCUAAAUUUGUUUCAUCACACAGCGAUCAUAAUGGAAAGAUAAAAAAUUCCCCGAUAAAAGCACAAAAUACGGCCACUCCAACAGGAUUGGGUAAACUCAGUUUAGAUUCUGACGUGCAUAUAAGUCAAUCAGAAGCUGUCCGACUUCUAUCUGGGAAGAAAUCAUUGGAUGAUGAGGAAAGGACAACAUUAUUAGUUAAACAAGAUCGUUCUUAACGCUUACAGAAUGGCCGACGAUGUACAAUAAUGUCGGCAGUUGGAAUAGUAUUAAAGAUACUAAGCAACGAAGGACAGAACAUACGUCUAUGACAUAUACAGAUGUUUUGGCAUUAGGUACUUAACAAAUUACUUAAAUAUCUAAUGUAAACGAUACUAAUACAAUUAUGAGAUUCUUAUGCAUUUUAUAUCAUCGCGAUUGGCUUAGAAGCUGUACCCAAUUCCUCGAUAAAGAAUACAUCUAUUUUGCUCAGGGGAAGUUGCCAAAAAUGUUCAUAUAUAUAUAUUCAUGAAACAUUAUUCAUUGAAUAGCUCAUUUCAUGAACAAUCAUACGUGCAUCACAUACCACUGUUUAAUUGCAUUUAGCGCAUGGUAGAAAAAAUAUUCCGAUUUAAUCUCACACGUUCCAUCAAGUCUCUUUUCAUUAAGCAGCUAAGUACUUACAAAAGUGUUCAGUAAAGACUGAACAUGUAUAUAAAUAGAAGUAAUAACUCAUUAACCCAUUCAGAGAAUAAGUGCUCGUAGGUUGGUUGCAUUAUAUUUUAAUUAGAAAGAAUAGGAAAAGAAAUUCUGAAUAUUAAUCGUGUGGUUAGAUUCUGUGUUGCAUAUAUUUCUUAGUAUACUCUGCAUUAGCAUUUAGAUACAAUAUUGAAUAUUUUUGAGCGCAGUGACACUAUGUACUUACAUAGUGAUUUUUUUUCUUUUUUCCAUAGAACCUAAUUAAGUUUAUCUACGAGCGCUCUAGGGUUAAUUUUAAGAUUGUUUUUAUUUUAUAAAAGAUUUUAUGAUCUAUUUAUUUAUAUUAUUUAUGUAGUAUAUAUAUAUAUAUAUAUAUCAUUUAUGGAUUUUAUGAGGAGAAUAAUUCAAUCUAAGAGAAAAACUCCUUUAAUAUUCCUUGAAAGAAGUUUUUCUACAACAAGCACUUCCCUCUACUUACUGUGAAUAUAGUAUGAAAAUGUCUUGUUUUUUUUCUCCUUUAAAUAUUGAUAUAAUGAUUUUUAAUAUCAAAAUUAAUAGAUUUGUGGGUACAGUUUUUUUUGCUGAUCUAGUAAAAGAAACAGGAUGAUUAAUCUUAUUAAUAAUUAAAAUCUUAUAAUUAUUAUUGAAAACUUUUGUGUGAAAAUAAGUUUAUUUAACAAUAUUAUAAAAUACCGUUGUAUGACCAAACACAGGCGGAUAUUAAGCAAAAACAGUACAAAGUAAUAAAUUUGUAGGUAUAUAUAUGAUUGAAGAAAUUAUUAAGUAUUUUUCUUGGUGCAACGGUCUUUAAUUUUGCUUUAUAAAUUAUAUUCUUUAUAUUUUACAUUGAGUAAUAGGUGCCCUAAAAAUAAUUAGUGGUAAAAAGAUAUAUUUGAUACGUAAUUAAUGUAAUCGUAUUUUUAUUCUGUGCCUUAAAAUAUCUGGUAGAUAUAAACCUGUUUAAUCAGCUUUACUAGACCAAGUGUUGCCCUAAAAAAUAUUUUAGUAAUCAUUUGAAAAAUAUAUCUGUUAAUUUAUUUUCUAUUUCUUUUUAUAACCCUCGAACAUUUAUUUGUAAUUUCGCACAAUAUGUAUAUAUAUAUCAAGUGUAUUAACAUUAGAGAAGAAUUAUGAACAUUAUGUUACACUUCACGCAUAUACGUAAAAGACGUAUUCAAAGUUAUUACUAAAUAUCACUAAAAAAUGUGGUAGUAUUACUUGCAAGAGAUAUAAAUCAAUGAAAUUAUUGUAUGCUUGAGAUAUUUUAAUGAAUUAUAAAUUAAUUGCAAAAAUGGAAUAGUAUAAAUAUAAUCCAAUCUAAAUAAAUCUUCAUAUACAAACAAUGAAUAAUAGAAAUAAUUAAUAAAAAUAUAUUUCUUCACUUCUAUAAUUUAUAUUGCAAUAUAGAAAAAAAAAAAAUAAGACUCGGAUUACAUUAUUCCUGAAUUAAUAACGAAAGCAAUUUCUGAACAUAUCUCCCAAUUGUUAAAAUAAAAAAAAAUAAUAUCUUAAGUUUGUUUAAUAGAAAAGUAAUGUAGAGCGAAAUAGUGUUUGAUUUUAAGAAUCUAUUUUAUUUUUGCUAUUUACUUUAAUUUUUUUAAAUAAUAUAAUUGUAGAAACUGCCAUAUAUUUAAUAUAGUACAAUUUUUGUCGUUCAAAAUUUUAAUAAUUAAUUUAUUUUUGAAAUUAAAUAAGAAUAAUUAAUAUUGGUUGUGGGUACAUCUCUUUUUGAUUAUAAUUUGUAUACCAGAUACAAAUAGAAGUACUUAUAUGGCCAUGAAAAGUAUGCAUGAAAAGAUCAUUAAAAUUAAUUUUCACAUUGUCAAUUCAUGAAAUAUUGAAGGAAUGUUUGUGACAUUAUUUUAAUGAUAUUAUUUUAGUAUUUAUACUCAUUUUAUUUUAUUUUUUUUUUUUUUU